UCGUCAUAGGAAAAAAUAAACAUACCUAUAGCCAUACUUCGAUCUAAUUUGUUAUUAAUUUCAAGCAGACUAUUAAGUUAGUCAUUUUCAAUCACUUCAUUUAAGUAUAGUUUUUGGGAAAGUAUAAUCGUGUAACAGUUAAUAAAAUUGGUAUAAAAUGAUGUGCAGAAAACUUUAUGAAAAAUAUACCGAACUUCCAAGUCCCGAACUGCUCCAGUAUAUUCUAAACGAGAUAAACGAAUCUGAUGAAGAAAAACUACAGCACAACGAAACCUUGAUGGUGGAAUGGAUCAAAUGGCAACCGCAUUUUCCUAGAAAUAUAGCGUCGGAUGUGAUCAGAACGUUCCUUAGAGGCACGAAACAUAAUCUGGAUCGGGCCAAAAGAAAAUUGGAGAAUUAUCUGUCGGCGAGGCACUUGUAUCAGGAAGUGUACUUAAACCGAUUCCCUUUGACGAAGGAUAUUCUACAGGCGAUGGAUGUCGUGAAUAUAGCAUCCAUGCCAAAACUAACAAAAAAUGGUUGCCGGCUGCUCUUUUUUUCUUUGAACAUUACAGACCCGUCAAAAUUUUCUACAGGGAGUAUGGCAAAGUUGUUCUUUAUGUUGAGUGAUUUAACCUUAAUAUUAGAUCAACCAGUGGCAGGUCAUAUCGCAGUUCUCGACGCUGCUGGUAUGGAACCAGCCCACAUUUCAAGAUGGCUGGGCACUGACUUGAAGAAAGGAAUUACAUUAAUGCGACAAGCUUACCCUUUUCGGGUAAAGGGAAUCCACGUUGUAAACUCACCUCCUUUUGUCAAGAAUUUAAGUUCUUUAGUUGUCCCGUUGUUGCACCAAAAGAUUCACGAUGUGAUACAUUUUCAUAAAAGCUACGAUAAUAUACAGGAUACAUUUGGAACUGAUAACAUUCCAAAAGAAUAUGGCGGAGAUCUCAAAUCGUUAAGAGAACUAACUUUGAAGUCCUAUGAAGCGUUGCAGGAAAAUGCCGGUUGGUUUGAGACUCAAGAAAAUGUGAAAAUCGUCGAUGUUCCGAAGAAAAUUGAGUUUAAUUUGAGUCACAAAGAGUUUUUUGGAGUAGACGGUAGUUUUAGACAACUGAAAAUAGAUUAAUUCAGUUAAGUAAGAAGGAGAUAUUUAAUUUUUUUAUUAUUGCUAAUUUGUUCUAAUUUUGUCACAGACUAAUGUUUGUUGUAAGUAAUUUAUAUAUACGUAUAUCAUUAUAA